CCCUAAUCUGUUUCUUGACCAAAUUCCGGAGCGAAGCCCGUUUCGAGCCAUCUCAAGUCCUGCAGGAUCGUCGGACCUUCGAGAGAGGGAUUUGUAGUUCCUGACAAAUUUCAGAUCCCAGUUAAUAAUGCGCGGAGACCAUGUCGGCACCUUGAGUAUCAGCCUCAUGUUGCUGUAUAUAAAGAUGGUUCAAUGCGAUGAAUGAGCAGUCGACAAGUUGCUGGAGCAUUCCUCGCGGUUCAAGAUGCAAUUCACCUCGGCCAUUCUCCUGAUUGCUGGCUUGUGCACCUCGGUGCAUAGCCAGGGCUUUGCGGACGAUUGCACCGAUAUCUAUCUCCUGGAAAAUUGGCUGGUGGGCACUUGUCCGACCAGCGACGGGAGUGGAACUAUCACCAGUAGUGUCUAUCUCCCCAACAAGAUCACCAACAGCGAAGCCACGCUAGCGGAGCACAUCGCCAACUACGAUGGACAUCUGCUCUCCAACCUGACCGGCAGUGUCACCUCCAUCCCGGCCGACUCGUCCUGGCCGAUCCCCUCCGACUUCGAGGUGCAGCUGCAGGUCUCCAGCCUGAACAACAACUGCUCGACGAUCGGGGGGUAUCUGACUCUCAACGAUCCGCAGGCCUGCUACUAUCUCAACCUGGGGGUGGAGUACUACUGGUACGCGGCGACGACGGUCAACAACCUGGGGUGGAAGAUUGUGGCGUACCACGACAGCACGUGCAGCGGGGAGGCCGUGGGCACGUUUACGCCGGAGAAUGUCGACACUUGCCUCACCUUUGAGGAUGGAGUCUCCGGCUUUGCCGUCAUUCCGCUGUGGAAUGCCGACUGA